GGAGCCGCGCGCGCGAGGGGCGGCCGAGUCGUCAAAAGAAGCGAGAGUCCAACACAGCGCGCUAAGCAUUGCCCUGAAAUUCCAUCUCCGAAUUGGGCCUUUUCGCCGGGAAAAUGACCGAGCUGUGAGCCCAGAGUGACGCACCGCGGCCCAACAGAUCUGAUCCCCGAAGUGCCAAUUUGUCCAUUAGGAGGUGAGAGACUGCAAAGGGCGGCAAGAUGUAUAAGUUACUGGGAGGGUUGAAGGACUACCUCAAGUGGCAGGAGAUCACCGUGGACAAUGCCAUCUUCCGACUGCACAACCUGUUCACGACGGUGCUGCUGCUGACAUGUUCGCUGAUCAUCACCGCCAAUCAGUUCGUGGGCAACCCGAUCCAGUGCAUCGUCAGCGGGCUGCCCACCCACGUGAUCAACACCUACUGCUGGAUCACCAGCACGUUCACCAUGCCCGACGCCUUCCAGAGGGAGAUCGGCACCCACGUCGCGCACCCUGGCGUCGCCAACGACUUCAACGACGACAACGCCAAGAAGUACUACACGUACUACCAGUGGGUCUGCUUCGUCCUCUUCUUCCAGGCGAUGCUAUGCUACACACCCAAGUGGUUGUGGGACUGCUGGGAGAACAACCUGAUGAGGACCCUUGUCAUGGGUCUCAACAUUGGGAUGCGCACUGAGGAGGACAAGGCCACAAAGAAGAAGGUCCUCAUCGACUAUCUCCUCAAACACAUUAAGCGCCACAACAUGUACGUUUUCCACUAUUGGUUCUGCGAGUUUCUCUGCUUCGUCAAUAUAGUGGUGCAGCUGUAUUUAAUGAACGCCUUCUUUGAUGGGGAAUUCAUGAGCUACGGCCUAAAGGUGCUCAAUUUUUCAGAAGCAGAUCAGGAGGAACGCCUUGAUCCGAUGGUCUACGUCUUCCCUCGAGUGACCAAGUGCAUUUUCCACAAGUACGGUGCGUCCGGCUCGAUCCAGAAGCACGACUCGCUGUGCAUCCUGCCCCUCAACAUUGUCAACGAGAAGACGUACAUCUUCAUCUGGUUCUGGUUCAUCACCCUGGCGUGCAUGUUGUUCUGCCUGCUCGUGUACCGCGCGCUGAUCCUGGCCGUGCCCUCGAUGCGUCCGUCGCUGCUCGUUUUGCGCCACCGCGGCCUCAUCUCGCGGGACGUGGCGCAGGCGGUGUCCCGAAAGACGGACAUCGGCGACUGGUGGGUGCUGUACAUGCUCGGCAGGAACAUCGACCCCAACAUCUACCGGGAGAUUGUGGGCGAGUUGGCCAAGAAGAUAGAAACGGCGGCCAGCAACGCCACUGAAUCGAGAGGAACCUCCUAUUGAUCACACACAAAAUCUCUCCCUCUGGCAACAAAAAUCUCUCGGGCUGAGGUUUCGCAUUCAGACUGAAAUUUUUUACACUUCCCGACGCUAAAGAGCAAAAGCAGAACCGAUGACAAUUUCAAAGGGGUCUGAAACUUUUGGAUAAUUCUGUGGUUUUAGAUCUAAAAUUGGAACUUUUAUCUAAAUGAUGGAAUUUUGACUAUGCUAGAGUUCCAACCUCUUUUUUUUAUUAAACAAAACUUAUGAAAAGACCGGUGCAAUUACAACGCUGGGACCAAAACACACAACUCAAUUUUGUAUUUAUUAAUUUUGAUUUAUAUGCUGAAAGGUGUAUAAUUUUGCAAGCAUGUUCGCAUUUUAAGGUUUAAAGAAACGUCUACUCUUGUUGGAUAUAGGUUGACCUUUUAUUGUAAUGUUUUAGAGAACUGAUUGAAUUGAGAAGCUGUAUAAAAAUCUUAUGCUAUUAAUUUAAACUUAUCUUCAAGUGGAAUCUCUCUUUAAGUUUUCUAGAAAGACUACUUUACGAGAUGAAUCGACAAUCGACACAGCAUUGAGGCGCAAAAGAUAGCCCAGUCGCUGAAUAAUUAAAUAAUGUGACUUGUGCAAUUAUGCUGGAAAGAUUAAUGCAUUUAUUUUUGAACAUCAAGACGCAAUAAUUAUGAAAGAUAAUAAUGAAAUCGAAUAUCAUGUAAAAAUGUGACACAAACGAACAAAAAUAAAAGAAAAACGCCUGAGUAAGUAAUUUACUUCA